GAAAAAGCGGCGCGGGCGGCAGCGAGGGCCAGGAAAAAAGGUGGAGCAGGGAGUUGACCCAUUAAACUACGCAGGGCAGAAGAAGAAGCUGAGAGGUUGGACGCGGAGAACAGCAGAUUGCAUUCCAGUGGACCAGCACUAGCACCAGAAACAACAUGUCCGGAAGACAGGGCGGCAAGGCGAAGCCUCUGAAGAAGCCAAAGAAGGCGGCUAAAGAUCUUGACGACGAGGACGUCGCGUACCAGCAGAAGCAGAAGGAGCAGGAGAAGCUGCGCAAGGAGAUGGCUGCCAAGGCGUCCGGGAAGGGCCCCAUUGUCAGCGGCGGGAUCAAGAAGAGCGGCAAGAAGAAAUAGUGCCGCCAUAGGCUCGAUAUACCCUCUGUAGCUAGUAUAGACGUGUGUACAACCGAACAAGAGGCAGUGGUCAGCAGG